AUGAUGAAGAAUGCGAGUAUACCCACCAAACUUCAAAAGAGAAGUCUAGAGUUGAAGAAGAAAUUCGGAUCUCAGAGCAUCCGGGAAAUACCAAGGUCAACUCUAAGGGUGAGUCUCGGUGUGUACAAAAAAUACGUUAACGAAACCAUCAAAAACAAACUUGACCAAGAUUGGGUCGAAGGGAUGUCCGAGAAGAGAACCCUUGAGCGGUACAGUACUUAUAAAACGGUGCGAGGAAAUAUCGAGCACAUCUAUGACAAUACGAGAGGCAGUCGCCUCCUCGCGAAUGCUAGAGCGGGAUGUUUACAGACUAGAAAAUUUAGGUCUCGUUUCAAAAACAUCGGAGCGACCUGCCUGAGGUGCGAGAGAGAAGAGGAAACCCAGGAACAUGUGAUCCUCGAAUGCGAAGACCCCCCGGAUGCUGAGUGUAUAAUACGGAAAAGACUGGGCCUACACGAAGAAAGCACCCCGAAGAUGAUUUUCGACACAAAAGUAAUGUUGGAAGAGUGGGUGUAG